AUGUCGCAAUCUGUGGUUCCCAAGUUGCCUUCUAAGCGGAUUCCCUAUGUCCGCCUAGGAAAAUCUGGGCUUAAAGUGUCUAGGGUGAUCCUCGGAUGCAUGAGCUACGGCGAUUCGCAGUGGGCGGACUGGGUCCUCAGCGAGGAAGAAGCGAUCAAGCACAUCAAAUACGCAUACGAUGCCGGCAUCAACGCUUUUGACACUGCGGAUAUGUACUCCAAUGGCCUCUCCGAAGAAAUCCUCGGCAGGGCAAUCAAGGAACUAAACCUCCCUCGUGAAGAGAUUGUUGUCAUGACCAAAUUCUUUGGUGUUGUCUCUCGCGACAAGAGUGAGACCGUCGUAGACAUGAAUAAAGCCGAGUCAGAGGGGCGAUACGUCAAUCAAUGGGGAUCUAGUCGCAAGCACAUAUUUGAUGCGGUCAAGCAAAGUCUGAAGCGUCUCCAGCUGGACUACAUAGACGUACUGCAAAUGCAUAGAUUCCGAGGCGACGAAUUUCCUUUGGAAGAGACCAUGGAAGCUCUCCACGAUGUAGUCAAGGCCGGCUACGUCCGCUACAUCGGUAUGAGUUCGUGUUACGCCUGGGAAUUCCAUGCCAUGCAGAACUAUGCUAUCAACAAUCGCCUCACUUCGUUCAUUUCUAUGCAAAACCAUCACAGCCUGAUCUACCGCGAGGAGGAGCGCGAAAUGUUCCCGACGCUCAAAUAUUUCGGCGUCUCUGCCACUCCGUGGUCCUCGCUCGGCCGCGGGCUGCUCUGCCGACCCUACGACAAGCAGAAGGCAACAAAGCGUGGGGAGACUGACUGGUUCCUGAAAAUAUACGAUGGGAGCACCACCAUGGAGGCGAUCGUGAAUCGAGUAGAGGAAGUUGCUAAGAAGCAUGGUGUAAGCAUGGCACAAGUCGCAAUUGCGUGGGAGCUAUCAAAUGAUGUCGUGGCCGCGCCCGUUGUUGGUACGACGAGUCUUGCCAACCUAAAAGACGUCCUGGAGGGAGUGCACUUGAAGUUGACUGAGGAAGAAAUCAAGUACCUUCAAGAGCCGUACAGGCCAAUGGAGACACUUGGCAUUGCGUGA